AUGACGAAGGAGACCGUCGUCCACACGGAGACCAGGGAGGAUGAACUUCCUCCCAAGUCCGCCGCCCAUGUCGAAGAAGCCGUCCUCGCCAGUCUGACGGAGGAGGAUCUCUUAAAGCUCUCUCGAGAGUCCCUGGAUCUCAAAUCGUGGGCAGGACUGCGCCUAUUGGGGAUCCUGCUGGUGAUGGGCUGCAACCAGGCAGGGUUUGGCGUCGAUUGGGCUGUCAUUGGUGGUAUCAAUGCUAUUCAGGGCUGGCACGACUAUUUCGGUUUCGGAACGAGUGGUGGAACCUACGGGUUGCUUAAUGCCCUCAUGAAUAUCGGCACCGUUUGCGGCUCCCCCUUCCUCUCCCUCUCCGAUGUUAUUGGCCGUCGCAGCGUGAACUUCAUUGGCAACUUGCUCGUCGUUGCGGCAUCGAUUAUGCAGGCACAGUCGCCGAAUAUCAAAGUCUUCAUGGGGGGCCGGUUCCUCAUGGGAUUUGGCUCUGCGCUGCUAUCUUCGUCUCAGUACAUCGGAGAAGUAUCCCCCGUACAUCUUCGUGGGCUGUAUGUGGGCCUCUUUGGAGCCUGUUUCCAGAUAGGUAGCUUGGUGAUGACUGGCGCGAUGAUCUCCAUUUCCCAGAUCGAGGGUGAUCUGGCUUGGCGCCUUCCACUUUACCUCAACAUGGUAUUCCCAGCACUAGUCUGCCUAGGUCUUUACACUCUUUGCCCUGAGUCGCCUCGCUACUACAUCAUGCGAGGCAAUAGAGAUGCUGCGAAGCGGGUCCUUGCCAAAUACCACACCACCAGCGGCGACGUGGACCAGCCUAUUGUGAACAUUAUGGUCCAGCAGAUGGAAGCCUCGGUUGAGAAUGACCGCGCUGGACAUCAGAGCUUCUGGGAUUAUUCCGUGUUUUUCAAGAAGACAGUCCAUUACCGUCUCCUCGUUCUCGUUCUAUACUCGGUUUUCCAGCAGUGGAACGGCGGCGGCAUCAUCACCUAUUACAUGGUUCCUGCCCUUGAGACAAUCGGCGUCAAGGACAGCAUGUCCCAAUUAGGAAUUCAGCUUGGCACGACCGCAGUGUACUUCGUGUUCACAGCUGUCGGCGCCCUAAUCAUCGACCGCCUCAGGCGUCGGACUAUGAUCUUUGUCGGCCUCGGUACUAUGAUUCUCUUCCAAACUACUACGACUAUUACCUCCUGGCAGUACGAUGUAACGGGAUCCAAGGCUGCUGCCGGCCUCACGAUCCUCUGGAUCUACCUGUACCAGACCUUCUCCGCCAUGUUCAUCGCGACGAUGCAUAACCUCUACCCCGUCGAGAUCCUCUCGCUCCCGCUGCGUGCGAAGGGAAUGGGUCUUUACGGUCUCAUCCAGGGCGGGGCUGGCGCCGUCCAAACGUACGGAAUCUCGCAGGGAAUCAACAAGAUCGGGUACAAGAUCUGGGUCGUGUACAUUGUGUACAACACGAUCCAGCUCGUGCUGUCGUACUUUGUCUUCCCUGAGACGUCUGGUCUAUCUCUUGAGGAGAUUGAUGCCGUCUUCGAGACGCCGGGCGUUGCGCCCGUUAAGAUGUCCAAGGAUAUCUACAAGGCUAAGAGGCAGAUGGAGGAGGCGAAUCGGGAUCCAGCUGCUUGA